UGUUGAUAAAAACAUGGCGGAAACUAAGGACCAAGUUCAGCUCGAUGACGCCAUUUUGUUGAAAACAGUAGCUUCCGGUUGUGCUACAGAGAUUCUCAAACUUUUGAGACUGUGUAAUCAGAAAACUACACAUUUCUCUUGCCACGCCUUGACGUGGGCUGUUUUUGAGGCUUGUAGUUUACGCCACACCCAUUUGCUCCAGUUCCUUCUCAAAGAUGGCUCGCGAUUGGAACUCAGAGACAACAACGGAAACACUCCUCUUAUGAUUUGUUCCGCGAAAGGUUUUCCAGAAAUUGUUUCUAGGCUACUGAAGCUAGGCGCUGAUGUCAAUGCUAAAAAUAACAAUGGCGAUACUGCGCUAAUGCUGACUAAGUCAAGGGAAGUAAUAAUACAUUUGCUAAAAAACAAAUCCUUGCAUUUAGAUGAACAAAACCAGACAGGGAAUACAGCUUUAAUGUCGGCCAUCGAAAGAUCUGAUCUCCAGAAAGUCAAAUUGCUGAUCAUUGCUGGUGCUAACCCAAACAGAUAUGUCACGAAAUUUCCACAUAGUAGCUCGUUUUCUUCGGAUGAUUUCCUUGUCAACAAUUCCAAUGAAAGUGGUUUCGAUGUUGCCAAAAGAAAGGGAUUCGGUCAACUGCUGGUGUUGCUGUAUCGUGCCAAAAUGGUCAACUUACAUCCUUUGCAGUUGGCAGCUGUAGAAAAUGACUUUGAUUCUUGCAUCACGUUGCUGAAGUAUAAAUUAUGUUCUAAAAGUGAAACUCGGAAUAUUCGUCCUGACAUCCUCUGUUAUGUUCUAAAACAGAUACAGAAAAGGGACAUUAUUCUUUCAUCUGAUCUUCAGUUAGUUCGAGAGUUAUGCAGGCUGGGCAUGGACGUCAAUAGAUGUCAGUGCUGUAUAAAGUCACGUAUGGAGCUCGUGCUGGACAUCGGAAGCUACGAUCUGGCUGAAAUUCUUUGUGCUCACGGCGCUAAGCUCACCCACGACGAUCUGGUGUCCGCUGUAAAGAGCAAACAUAUAGAAAUGGUUCCACUUUUAGUGAAUCACGGCGCUCCUGUAAAUAAAUUUGAUCGCCUGGGCUGCGUGAUUUACAAAGGCUCGGCAAUGGAUAUAGCUUUGUUGAGGUCUUUAACAAGUACUGCCAGCUUCCUUUUUGACCACGGUGCUGCUCUUGACCCUUUUUGCGCUGUCUCGAAAGCUUUGAUGAGGAAGAAAACAAGGACUCUCAACUUUCUCUUGAAGGAGUGUGCUGAAGUGAUAAAACCUGAAACUUUGAUACGAGCUGUCAAGUUAGGAGACAUUGAGCUCAUCCAGGUUCUGUUAGACGCAGGGGCGGACAUUGACGGGGUCCACGACAAUAAGACCCCACUAAUGAGCGCUGUCCACAUAGAGGUCUUCAACUUUUUAAUAAAUAAAGGAGCAGAUGUGAAUUUUAAAACAAACACAACUCCAUUGAUCAACGCUUUGUCCCAAAAUUAUUUCGAAGAUGUUCGUCCCGUCUUUUACGGAAAACUUGAUCUCAUAAAUACGGAGGAAAAAUUGUUUCGCGUUGUAGAUACAUUAGUAAAAAACGGAGCCAAUUUGGAGGACACAAAUCAGAAUGGGUAUACGGCAUUGAGAAUAUCCAUUGGAAGUAGGCUUGGCGUAAGAGGUCUCAAGCUUUUACUUGAAAACGGAGCAGAAGUGAACAGAAAAAACAAACAUGGUUUGACAGCAUUGCACGUUGCUGCGAUGGCUGACGAAUACGAUUGCGCGGAGACUCUAUUGGAAUACGGCGCUGAUGUGAACGUACGGUGUCGUGAUGGUCGCACCCCGCUACAUCGCGCUUUGAACAAUUCCAGACUUGUCAAAUUGUUUCUUAAAAGUCAAGCGAAUGUGAACGCCGAGGAUAGCUCUGGAAACACACCACUGAUGCUCUCAGUAAAAGAACGAUGCUUUAAGUGUGUUGUUAAGCUUCUAAUUGCAUUUGGCGCCGAUGUCAACCACAAAGACCGUUCUGGCAAGUCCCCACUGUGGCUGGCGGCCGAAAACGAGGAAACAACCAUUUUGCCAUUGUUGCUUGAUGCCAACGCUGAUUUAGAUCAGGACAACCAGCGGCAAAAGUCUGUAUUGUCUAUGUUACUAAACCAUAGUUUCCUCAGUGAAGAAAUCCAGCGAACAGCUAUUAAGCUGAUAGAACAUGGGGCUGAUGCUGACUUUGUUAGACGAGGCAUCAUUCAUCAUCUUAUUGCUGCUGGCAAUGAUGGCAUCCUGAUUCAGAAAUUAAUUAAAUCUGGCAUUUGGCCAACAGAUAUAAGUCUAAGGAGAAGAUUCUUUGGCUGGCCUGGAACUUCUGUAUCGCCACUCGCUGUUUCUUUAAUUCUAGACAGCCUUGACCUUGCUCGAUUUUUUAUCAAAAACUGGUAUCUAACGAAAGCAGACGUCAAACUCUUAUCCAGAAAUAUAGACAUCUUAACUUACUUGGAGCGACGCAAACGCAAAGCACUUCCGUAUCUAGAGAAAGUUUCCCGCCAGCCAAUGAGGCUCGAACUUUUAUGUUUCAUUACAGUCUCGUCUGCUUUAGGCUCUGACAGCAGCAGACAUCAAAGGGUACACAACUCUAAACUCCCAGCAUCAAUGCAGAACCGGCUCUUGUUCGCAAAUCUCGAGCUUAAGGUCCUAGAACCAGUGUCUCGUGAUAUGCGUCUAUAUAUUUCUGAUUUGCUUUUAAAAGAUGAUUAUGGAGACCCGACAUCAUCCCCGGAGUCAUCUAUAGAUAGUUAUGACGUUUUAGAAGGUUUAGACCCGUUAGAAGAUUGGGAGUUGAUGUAAGAUAUGUAAUAUCUCAAUGAAUAGUUUAUAGUUGUACCUAUUUUACAUCUGUGUUGUCUGGGGUAUGAAUCUACGCAAUCUUAUGCCAUUUGCUGUUGGUAUCUUUUCUUAUUGUGCGGCCUAUUCUUUCAAUAAUCUAUUGCAUGUUUAGCGCUGAUAUUUUUUUUAUGACCAUUCAAUCUCCUUAAUCAAAGAUAAUUCUAGCUAUGUUGUUUGCAUGAUUAGCUCUGGUAUUUUUAAA